ACCGGCAAAUACUCGUUCGUAGCCGCAAUGUCGGGAUCGAAAAUGACCGCAUUUUUUCCAUCGCUAUAAAACGGUUUGAAUUUGUAUCAUUUGUUUUUUUUUUUUUUUUGAUCUUUAAGAAUUUAAUCAAUUUCUUUUUCAUUCUUAGCGUCGUACCCAUUUGUCCGUAGUGGUUUUAUUAAUCAUAUUAUUAUUAUUAUUAUUAUUAUUAUUAUUAUAACACUAUACAACCGUAAUACUUUUGAUCGUUUGGUUCGGUUUUGUUUUUCCGUUUUUUGAGCUCCUCCGGAUAGUCGCUAAUGUGAACCAGUUCAAAGGAUACAAAGGAUAUCAUCAACAAUAGUAUGAUGCGUUUCACGGUGAAGGUGUAUUUGUUGGCAACAGUAUGCGCGCUCUUCUUGGAUUUUACUUUUGCUGUUUUACCGAACAAACGUGAUUCAUCUAUUUCAUCUCAAUUGCUUCAGAAUCCUUUUCAACGCCAACCAACAGCUAGUUCAUCAUCUCCAUCUAGUACACCUAGUUACCGACAAUCUUUUGAUUCUGGAUCUGAUCUUAAUGUACAAGACAUAAAAGAUGCAACACAGUUACAAUCAUUACAUAGUUUUGGAAAUUCACAUGAAAUUUUAAGUGGAGCGGAAUCUCAACAAAGCUAUAGUUCUGUACAGAGUAUCGAACAAAGUUAUAGUUCUUCACAACAAAUACCACAGCAACGACCACAACAAGGGUACUUACAACCACAACAACAAUCACAACAACUGCAGUCAAAUUAUGGACCUCCGCCUCAAUUACAGCAACCAUUUCAACAGCCUCAGCUAAAUUAUGGUUCUCCACAACAACCUCAACAACCCCCGCCACAAACUCAACCAAAUUAUGGGCCUCCACAACAACUACAACAACCCCAGCCACAACCUCAACCGAAUUAUGGGCCUCCACAACCACCACAACAACCCCAGCCACAACCUCAACCGAAUUAUGGGCCUUCACAACAACCACAACAAUCCCAACCACAACCACAACCAAAUUAUGGUCCUCCACAACAGCCGCAACAACCCCAGCCACAACCUCAAUCGAAUUAUGGGCCUCCACAACAACCGCAACAAAUCCAGCCUCAACCUCAAUUGAAUUAUGGGCCUCCACAACAGCCACAACAACCCCAGCCACAACCACAACCGAGUUAUGGAGCACCACCAUCACAACCACAACUACUCCAGCCACAACCACAGCCAAAUUAUGGACCUCCACAACAACAGCAACCCCAGCCACAACCACAACCGAGUUAUGGAGCACCACCAUCACAACCACAACUACCCCAGCCACAACCACAGCCAAAUUAUGGACCUCCACAACAACAACAACCCCAGCCACAACCUCAGUCAAAUUACGGGCCUCCACAACAACCACAACAACCACAGCCAAAUUAUGGACCUUCACUACAACAACAACCUCAACCUCAACCUAAUUAUGGACCACCUCCACCGCAGCAACAACCUCAACCUCGGCCAAUUUAUGGACCACCGCAACAACAACCUCAACCGAAUUAUGGACCUCCACAACAGCAACAACCUCAACCGCAACCUCAGCCGCAAUCUCAGCCGCAGCCUCGACCAAAUUAUGGACCACCCCCACCCCCACCACAACAACAACCACAGCCACAACCUCAAUCGAAUUAUGGGCCUCCACAACAACCGCAACAAAUCCAGCCACAACCUCAAUCGAAUUAUGGCCCUCCACAACAGCCACAACAACCCCAGCCACAACCACAACCAAAUUAUGGACCUCCACAACAACAGCAACCUCAGCCCCAACCCCGGCCUAGUUAUGGACCACCGCCACAACAACAACCUCAACCACAACCUCGACCAAGUUAUGGACCUCCACCACAACAACAACCUCAACCACAACCUCAGCCGCAACCUCGGCCAAGUUAUGGACCACCACCUCAACAGCAACAACCAUCACCACAACCCCCACAGAGUAGUAAACCAUCAGCACCUCAACAGCAACGUCCAUCUCCACCGAACUGUAACCAUCCACAACAGCAACAACCUCAACCGAACUACGGGUUACCACAACAACUUAGUCCGUCAUCAGCGCCAAAACCGCCGGUAUUCAAUAAUGCCAAUCAACCCACUGUAGUGCAGUCGAUCAGCUUUGGAAUUCCAUCUCAGUCGUUCAACAUACCUGAACAACUUUUGGGCGUAUCCCAAACACAACAGAAUCAAAACGGUUAUUCAUACAACUCUGCGCCCGUCCAGUCGCAGCCAAACAAUCAGUUCCAAGGCUAUUCUUAUAACGCACCGAGCUCGAGACCAAGUCAACCGCCUCAACAGCCCCCGAGGCAGCCGGCGGCCCCACAGCCGCAACAACCCAAGCAGCCCGCGUUCGUGCCGUCCCAACCGCAACCCCAAAACCCGCCACCGCAGGGUGUUGGUUAUUCGUACAACCCUCCGCAGCAACCCGCUGCAGCACCGCAGCCUACGUACGGCGCGCCACAACAAGCUCAACCAUCGCAAUCGCCACCGGCGCCACCGUCGAACAACUACGGUCCUCCCAGGCCGCAGUCCACUCAGAGGCCGCAGGGCAGCUACAUUUAUACGGGCGUGCCGGUGACGACCACGUCCAGACCGACGCAGACUCAGCCGGGGUACAGUUACAGCAGUCCCACCCAGAACCAAAUCACCCAGGCUCAGUUCAAACCGCAAACGCAACCCGCGCAACCGCAGACGCAGCCGCAGUCCACGUCCGGUGGGUACAGUUACAGCAGCCCUUCGGUACCGUUCCCGACGCCGUCCACGCAAAGCGCCGGCGGUGGGUACAGUUACAGCAGCCCUUCGAUACCGUUCCCGACGCCGUCCACGCAAAGCGGCGGCGGCUCUCAGUCGCAGUUCCCGUACACAGGUGGUUCCCCGCUGUCAUCUUUGCCCACGUUCACGACACCGUCGCCCGAGCAACCAUACGGCGCGUCGUCCAACUCGGCGCCAGUCGCGGCCACGCCGAACGGCCGGAGCCUGAGCCUGCAGACGUCGCACCAGCAGCGCACCACGUUGCCGGUGGGCUCGACGUUACCGCUGGACGGGCAAUCGUACGUGGAAACCACCGGAUACUUCACCCCGAUACCCGGUCGGACCGACACGCAACCGCAGACCACAGUGACCGGCGCGGAGACGACCAUACGGUUCGACGAGUUCGCGGCUCCGCUGUCCGAGUCGCAGCCGCCAUCGGUGUACGGCUGAACGGCGGGCUGACCCGGUGCACCGUCGGCCGGGCGACUGAUCGCGGGCCUGUGUUACGCAAAGUAAUAGAGUUCGCCAUCUAGUCCGCCAGUAUCACUAGACUGUUCGAGGGAAUGUGUUUAUCAGCCAUAAGAAAAAAAAAACAUAUACAAAAUAAAGAAUAGUAUUAACGAACGUUAAAUAUACGACGUUUAAUGAAAUUAUAGGUAGUUUGCGAUGUAUUUAGCCAACGCGUUGUACAAGUAAUAACAUCGGUUUACAACAAGACAUAGAUUUUAUUAUACUACUCAACUACAUAUUAUUGUAUAUUAUUUAUAACAUAUCGACUAGACAAUUCCGUUGUAAAUACAUUUCGUUUUCAAACUUCGUUCUAUUAUAAUAUUAUAUAACAGUUUUAUUUUUAUCAUUAAUAUUAUUAUAAUUGUUACUUGUAAAUAUUAAGCUAAAUUGUCAUUUCCAAGAGUAUACAUAUAAAUAUAUUUAUAUACGUAUAAAUAUUUUGUUUGUUUUUACUAAAAAAAAAAAAAAUUACAAAU